AUGUUAGCUCCCGCAGACAUGGCGUCCCAAUCGCGAGAAGGGGCCCCGGGCGGAGACGGUGGGGGGGUAGGGGUAGGGGGCGCGGCGGGCUUGGCGGAUGUCGACACCGCGGGGGAAGUGGACCUUGAAGAUCCUCAGGGGCCAGGUGACAACAGCAACAAUGGAGCGAGUAGUGCCGCCGCAACCGCAGCAGGUGGCGACUUGAGUACGGCGGCGGGUGCGGGGUUUGGUGCUGAUGUGGAGGCGGCGGGUGGAGGGAAGUCUUCGCCCAGGGGGGGCCGACCACGUCCCCCGGAAGGCAUGAUGGGGAAUCCGAUGGACGGCGUGGGAGAGGACGAGCGGCCGUACAACUACAUCUGCAACCUCGAUAAGGUUAAUCUAGGUGGCCCGGGAUGGUUCAACGAUGUCUUCAAGAUAUCCGUUGAGGUAGACUCGGACCGAACAUGGAUGGACACGCUGUCGCUCUCCCUCGUGCCACGAAACGUUUUCCGACGGCACUGCCCGUUGCUUGACACGUCGGAGAACAUCACGGGAACUGUCACCGUCAUGGCACCCACCUCGAAAAGGGUAUGGAUGUCCGGUGUAACGGUGACUUUUGAGGAACACCUGAUGACGGUGGACAGCGAUACCGGGGAGAUUGUGGGAGCCUUAGAGGCGCAAGUGGCGACGGGUCAAUUCAUCAAAGACAAGGCUGUGUUCAGUUUCAACCUGGAUCUCGGUCUCCUAAGCGGACACCGAAGGUGGCCGGUGCGAGAGACGUACGUGGGGGAUCUGAUGGCGCUGAGGCAUAGACUGAUGGUGUCGGCUCAGAGGCCGUGGUAUACGUUCAACGUCUACUCGCAGCUCCCGCUGGCGAUGGAGUACUUGUCGAAUGCCCCUGACGAGGACGCCGGCCAGGAUAACGAGGAAGGGGGGCCCAACCACGUCCUUGUCAUCUCCGAUUGCAACGGUCGCUGCGAGUUCGAUUUCGGAGUGGACAGCUUCAACCUCGGCGAUGUCCUCCAAGGGACCGUCCGGUUCACGGAUGUCGCUUUGCCCAUCGUCGCAGCACACGUGAUGCUGUUACGGGCGGAGUUCAUGUACGGAGAGGCAUCAGAGGUGCUGGUGGCCGAACACACAAUACUCGGGGAGUGCAGAAAGGAAAAGGACCCAUUGUCAGCCUUGGGAUUGAGCGAGGAAGAGCAGGUCCGACGUCAGUUCAUGUCCCCAUUCGUGGAGCAGAAGGACAUUCACUUCGUCCAAUCACAGGAAGAGGACUGUCGAUUGGAGGCGGUGUUGGGCGAUGUGGACAUCGCGGUGGACGUCCCUCUUCACACCUUUCCACUCACGCCGUCUCAUAUGUCUCUCACACAGGACAUUUCAGAGGUCCACGACGAGGCCGAGCUCGUGGGGGUGCGCUACUACGUCAGGUUGAUCCUCGAGGACAGCGCGCAGCAGGCCUACUGGCAUACGCACGAGAUUUUCUUUCACAGAUCGGAACCGUCCCCGUCAUCCCAGGGCCAAGGCGACGAUGACGUCAGCAGCACCAGCGGCGGAACCGGGGAGUAUGACGUCGACGACCCCGAAGCUGGAUACCGAAGCAACGGCUCUUUCAACGGUCAGCAACAGGGCAAAGGGGGGUGGGAUGGCGAGUCUCAGCCGCGAAGAGCGAGGCAACAAGCGGAAGAGGAAGCGGCUGGGGGUAGCGAAGCAGCAGCAGCAGCAGCAGCGGCGGCGGCGGCGGCGGCGGCUGGGUCAACAGCCGGAGGGGCGGUGGCGGUGGAGAGCAGCAUGGAGGAGGGGAACGGUGUGACGGACCCGUCCUUGCCAGGCUGCGAGAGGAGUCAAUAGGCGGCGGAACUGCUGUUCGAUUGGCGGCGGAUCUACCUAUGGAUCGACUGCGCCAGCGGUCUCGCUUCCGGAAAUGGAUUUUGCCUGGCGUACGGAAAUGAAUAAUGGACUUUAACUGGCGGACGGUAAUGCUUUUCAGCAGUAACGGAAUAUUGGAUUUUGACUGGCGUACGGCAAUGCUUCUCAGCAGUGACCGUACGUUCACGCCUGACGCAUCGGUCACUAUUGAAUUCCCGUAGGUCUCGUACGUAACAUUGCACCGCACCCCUUUUUGAGGCUCGAUUGCUCCCCGACGCCAAGACUGAAUGAUAAGUUGUUGGGAAGCCCUCGACGGGGUGGUUCCAACGCCAAGAUUUUCAGGCACCUUACCGCGUUUUUUUGGCUGCGGAGUAGUUGUUCGAGCUUCGAAAAUCGGUCCAAAGGGGCUUGCGGUAUCUGAAGUAUUUUCGAUGUACGGUUUACCGGCCGGGUAACAGGCAAAUUUGUCAAGUUGAUGUUGCCGCCGAAAACGCCGGCGCUUUUCAACCGGCACCUUGCUGGGGGAUCACAAUACCGUGACCACUCUGAGGGGGGUGCUGUUGCAUUAUGGGGUCCAGGCGCCAGGUAGGUAUAAAGAAGAGUGUUUUGAUACGGGGAUAGCAGUCCGUGCCUGGUUGAAGCGGCUGACUGUGUCCAUGACCAACUGUAUGCGGCAAGUGGAUGGCUGUAUUCAGGAAAACGAUGGUUGCUUGGGUGGGUAAAGGCAACGUGUCGUGAUUUGUGUUGUCGGGGCCAUGGGCUAUGGAACUACGUGCAACAUGCGAUACUGGCGGCAUGCUCUCCAGCCUCCUGCAGUGUUCGUCGACACAGAAAGUAGGCAACGUCCGGGCACUGUGAAUGUCUGUCUCUCCGCUGGAGGAGCACGAGCGAGCAAUGCAUUUAUUCUGGUUUGGAGUCUAUGUUGCAGAGGAGCGGCCGUUACUGGUAACGGCGGUGAUCUGUACGGCGGAUCAUUAGAUGGUAUAAAAAUGAAAAAUGCAGUUUAUGAGAAAUGAAGAUCCUGUAUCUGAGAAAUGAAAAUGCGGUUGAAAUGAACAUGCCGUCUCAGAGAAAUGACCAUGCGGUUUCUGAGAAAUAAAUAAAUGUAGUUGAGAAUUGAACAUGCCAUUUCUUGAGAUAUGAAACGCAGUUUCCGAGAAAUGAAAAUGCAGUUUCUGCCAGUCCCUGGGCAUGCUGUGUGUUGUUUGCGUCUCGGUUUUUCACUGUUGCUGUCAGUGCUGGAAGUGUUCAAUUUUUUGGGUCCUGGGAGAUAACCACGGAGCGAUACGAUGUGAAUUGUAACAUGGUGGGAAGGAAUUGUUUCGAGCGUGUCAUGGUUCUCCGUUUUUGUGGCAUAAUAGGCACCUUGGCUUGGCGACUGUUGAUCUAUUUAUGGUCCAGUGUUUUUUUUGUGACGCUGCUAAUGGAUAGCGAGUCUUGACUGCUGAGUUCUCUUACAAGGUGCCGGAUGUGUCAUAAUCUUAUCGCGGUGCCUGUUAUUCCAUAUAUUUAUCUUCUUGUUCAGGGAAGCAGUUGCUCUUUCAUUGGCUGGGUGGUCAAAGGCACGUCAUGCAUGCGGGUGCAUUUUUUUGUUUGUUUUCGAAAAUUGCUGCGUCCGAAGAGUGGUGGGGGCCUUCUCUUGCCAAAAUCGAGCGCGCGAUGAAUUCGUUGCUAUUUCUUUGCUGUAGACUUGUGGGGUUUUCUCCCGUCUCUGUGGAGAGAGUUUUUUUUAUAUAUCUGUGGUCUGCAAGAAGAGUUGAUUCGUCUUCGUUUACUGUAAGAGCAAGAGAACGUCUUCUCUUUCGCAAGAACAAACAAAUUUUUGUCUUUUGUGUCAUAAAGAGAAACAGUCUUUUCUGUAAAAGCAAGAACAUCCUAGGUGUUGCCUGCGGUCAGCGGGGGGCAUCGUUUCACAAAUGCCUGGAAGCAGCGCCUGAGUUUCACUGCCCCCGGCUGUUCCUUCUAUCGGUCACUACAGCAGUUGCGCCGCGGCCGUCGAUUCUGAUUGGUCAGUUUUUUUUCGUAGGCGAUGCGGGGGUCUUCGAUGUGAAACUUGACAGUGAUCGUGAGGUCGCUACUGUGUGCUUCGUCUCGGCGAUACGUGUGCUUGUUCGAGCACAGGACUGACGGCAUGAUCAUUGAAAAAAGGUCACUCACAAUUUUCUUGGCUGUCAAGUACGGUGCCCGCAAUUGUCUCAUUGGCCAACGUUGUCGUACCGCUGAUUUAUGAUUGGCCGAAAUUCUUUGCGCGGAACCACUGAAUGGGCGUCAAUCGCCCGGCCUCUUCCAAACUCGCAGUCUUCCUGUUGGUCAACAUUGAUU